AUGAAUAGUCUUAAAACAUAUUGCCAGAUUAUUUUAAUAUAUGCUUGUUUUGUGUUAGAAGUCUCAACUCAAAAUCUUGAAAAGAUACUGAAUCAGAACAAAACAGUGGUCAAUUCAUUCCACAUUCAGCCGCGUUCGGACACUAGCCGUUUUGGUUCUGGAGUUGAGCUUGGAGAUCUACCACAUCAUGUGCUAAUCUUCACUUUAUACAACGCUGAAAAAGACAUAUACCGAGCUUUCUGUGCCGGCAGCAUAAUUGGGGACGAUAAAGUACUAACUUCUGCGAAUUGCUUCCUUACCAAUAGGAAAGCCCAUCGCAGAGAUUACGACAAAGUAUGGGUAGUGGCCGGGAUCAUACAAGUUUCUGUAAAAAGGAGUGCGGGAAACGAUAACAUACAGCAAUGGCGGCAGAUAGUUAAAAUAUAUUCUCAGAGAUUUUACAGAUUCCCGGCUUACAAUCUUGGUGUGCUGAUUAUGAACCUGCCUUGGAUAUUUAAUAAUUACGUAAACAAAAUUCCUUAUGAAUCAGAGGACCACGAUUUUGAUGGAAUUUGUAUCGCCACAGCAGUGAAGGCUACGAAAAGCUGGUCUAUUAAUAAAUAUGUAUUUGUCGAAGAGGUGGAGAUGAUUAAGAGAAGGACUUGCGAACAAAUCUUGCAAAGAAGCUGUAGACUUUAUUUCUGCACUGCAUGUGAAAAUGGUUUUAAAUACGCGUACUCUUUCGAAUCAGAAGGUAGUGGUCUCAUAUGCUAUGAGACUGGUGAUCCCAACGAAAAAGACCCAAGGCGGGGAAUAUUAGUUGGAGUUACUUCGAAAGUAAACAUCGGUUUACCCAACCUCCACAUGCGGAUUGGCGCGUACUCUAAAUGGGUCACGGAUCUAGGUUGCAAAUUAAAAUAUAACAAGAUAUUGAUAUUCUGUGUAGUUACUAUUGGAACAAAUAUUUUAUGA